ACUCCUUUUCUAUAUAUGAACACACCCAUAUGUUCUCUUUCAUUCUGCAACAAGACCACCUUAAAACACAGAGAAAUGGGAGGCUGUUUCUCUUGCAGAUCAUCUUCUACCUUCAACACUGUCCGUGUGGUUCAUCAAAAUGGUUUUGUGGAGUACUUUGAGGGGCCUAUUUCAGUAGGCCAAGUCACUAGUGGUUUUGGUAAUCCCUCAAAGCACUUUGUCUGUACUGCACUUCAGCUUCUUUCUCCUUCCUCAAAGCCAUUAAACAAAGACACACUGCUUCAACCAGGCCAAGUUUACUUCAUGCUUCCAUUCUCGAUUCUGCAAUCUGAUGCUUCUUCUCCUGUAGACAUGGCUUCUCUUGCAAAGAGGCUCACAAAGAAGGCAAAAGUCAAACCUUGUAAGGAUAGUGAUUCAUCAAUUGGUUGGAGUUCGCCUUCUAGGAGUCCCGGUAAGGUUGGUGUGGCAGAUCAGAUUGUUGUGAGUUACGGAGGAGGACGAGGCCCUUGCAGAGUGAGGCCAUGGAAACCAAUCUUGGACACUAUCAGAGAGAUUUCCUUCAAUAGGAGAGAGUCUGAUUUACAGGAAAAUAACUGAUGUUUUCAAGAGCUUAGAUUGUGGGGUAUGAGCGCUUUUACAGAGUCACUUUUUAUUAUGACGAUGUUGGGUUAAAGUCAUGUUAGAAACUCAUAAUCAAGUGAAGUGAAUUUUGUGAAUUGUGAGUAACCUGUAUAAAUUUAUGGGGUAGAAAAUCA